AGAACACCUCAAAGACGUCACACAGGAGGAAGAACAAAACAAGAUGGCGUCUGACCGAGAAUACGUUGUUUUGGUUCUUAUGGUUUCUUGGUCUUAAUUACAACGUACAUGUGCACAUGUGUGUCGUUUAACAGAGUAAACGUCGUUAUUGUUUGUAUGCGGAUACAUUAGUCUGUGUGCACUUAUACGUGCUAGCCUAGCCUGCUGGUUAGCUUAGCUUGUUAGCUGCUAACAAACAGAGGCGGAAGUGAUCGACACAUCAAAGCAGAGAUCCAUUACGUCUGUGAAGAACAACUUCUGCCUGAAAAACAGGAGUGCAGCUUCAGGAUGGUGAAGGAGGAUCCAUCAAUAAAGAAGACCAGGUGCCACGGACCCUCUGGUGUCUCCUUUUCCUCUUUGACACAGACCCUUCCCUGUAAAAAGGAAAAGGAACAGUGAGAGGAGGAACACAGUAUCAGUCAGGAGGGAGAGCAUAUUGAAGGACUGGUGGAGUUCCCAGUGACUGGUGUCCCUGUGAAGAGUGAAGGUAAUGAGGUCAAAGGUGAAAGUGAGGAGAGGGGAGGGGGGAGCCUCCAAGCAGCAGCUCAACACAACACAUGACAACAGAAGCUGAUGGAGACCACUGUGGAGGAUCACAAGCAGACAAGCUCUUAGCUCCACUAUCAGAUAGUGAGGACACAACGUCACACUCUCCUGACACUGAUGAUGAAGACUCUAAAGAUGAUAAGACAUGUCACACUGACAACACUCACUUCACAUGUUCUCACUGUGACAAAACCUUCGAAUACCCUUGUCAUCUGAAAACACACAUGAGAAGACACACUGGAGAAAAACUUUUUGUCUGUUCAAUAUGUGGAAGAGGUUUUACACGAAGUCAGAGUUUGAAGUUACACAGGAUAAUACACACUGAAGAAAAACCUUUUAUCUGUUUAAUCUGUAGUAAAGGUUUUGUUCUAAGUAACCAUUUGAAAGAACACAUGAGAACACACACUGGUGAAAAACCUUUUAUCUGUUCAAUCUGUGGUAAAGGUUUUGUACAAAAUAACAAUUUGAAAGUACACAUUAGAACACACACUGGUGAAAAACCUUUUAUCUGUUCAAUCUGUGGUAAAGGUUUUGUACAAAGUAACAAUUUGAAAGUGCACAUGACAACACAUACUGGUGAAAAUAUAGUUUCCUGUUCAACCUGUGGUAAAGGUUUUACACAAAGUCAAUAUUUGAAAGUACACAUGAGAACACACACUGGUGAAAAACCGUUUUCCUGUUCAAUUUGUGGUAAAGGUUUUACACAUAGUCACCAUUUGAAAGUACACACGAGAACGCACAGUAGCGAAAAACCUUUUUCCUGUUCAAUCUGUCGUAAAGUUUUUAUACAAAGUAACAAUUUGAAAGUACACAUGACAACACACACUGGUGAAAAAACUGUUUCCUGUUCAACCUGUGGUAAAGAUUUUACACAUGGUCACCAUUUGAAAGUACACAGGAGAACGCACAGUGGCGAAAAACCUUUUUCCUGUUCAAUAUGUGGUAAAGGUUUUACAGAGAGUCAACAUUUGAAAGUACACACUAGAACACACACUGGUGAAAAAUCCCAUUCCUGUUCAAUCUGCAACAGAAGCUUUUGUGAACGACCAAACCUUGUAGUACACAUGAGAACACACCAAGGAGAGAAAGUUUUGAGUUGCAGUGUGUGUGGUGAAAGAUUCUCUUCUAAGUACCAGUGUAAGAAACACAAGUGUGCUGGUGAGAACAUCAGCACCAAAUUAAACUGCAUGAUUUGAAAUAAACUGUCAAGACUUUAAUUUUUCACUUUCUAACAACAUAAGCACAUAUAAUGUAUGACAUUUGUGUGCUUUUUUUAGUCAAGUGCACACAUUAAUAUGCAACACUGUGUACUUUUAUUUAAAAAAAUAACUGAACAAUUUGACUGAAAAGGUGAGAGUUAACAGUACAAUACAUUUUUUAAAUAAAAUAAACAUUGUAUGUGUGUAUAUAUUCAACAUACAAUUUUAGACUCAAUUAUAAAAGUGUUUUUUUUAUAGUUGUUUGAAAUAUUGAAGUAUUACUUUUUUUUUUCUUCUAAUUGUUAAUGAUCCCAUAGAUAAGCACCUUUAUAUGAUAUACAUAUUUACUGGUUAACAUCGGAAACAUCUUCUAAACCACUUCAGGAAGCAUAUUAUUAUUUACUUUAUACAUCAUUUGAACAGUUGUCUUUUAUACAAUUUUAAAAUGUGUGACUUUAUGAAUCAUUUGUUGGGUCUCUAUACCAUUGUAUCAAUUAUCUUUAUUACUCUUUUUUUGUAAUAUGAUGAUUGUGUUGUGAUUGUUUCAUUUGUAUGUCCCCAGACCUUUAUGCAUUAUAAAAGUGAGAGAAAAUGGCUGAAUUGUUUGUGGAAGGAUGGUUUUGUUUUUACAAACAUACAUUUAUGGAUUAAAAAAAAAACCUCCCCAUUGUUGUGUUUUAAACUUUUUUAAAGUUUUUUUUUUAUAUAUAUAUAAAUAAACAUCCCCCAAAAAAUGUCAAUAUCAAUCAAAGUUUGGAGUGUCAGGCAAAAGCCAAUAUUGUACAUCAUCCCACAGAGAUUUACUUUCGAUCAAUACUUUGCAUACAUUCACAAAAUAAACAGUUUAUUUUUUUCCCCCUA